UGAAGAGCAGGGUCACAGAAAAAGACAGAAGAGAGUGAGCAUGCUGUGGGCUGCUCAUCAGCUUGAAAGCUAUAAAAUAUCCCCUCGUAUUCACAGCUUGCUAGCUGGGAAGGACAAAGGCUCACAGUACAGAUCAGCUAUUCUUUAUUGUCCCCAUUCUGGAGAGCUACAGCUUUUAUGGAAACCCUGAGUCAGCACCUGGAGUACCUUGGGCUCUGCGGAGAUGACCCAAAAGCUGAAGAUCAGAUCCUUGAAAGUCUGAACAGGAUUCUGCUGGCUCUUACUGAAGACAAGCAGAGAUCCCUCAGCCUACUCAGAGAGAGCGGAAUCUUCCUAACAUUGGCAAAAAUCCUGAAGGGCAAUCCACGAUGUGCAGUGAAAGCAGCCCAGGUGCUUUCAGAGAUAGCUAAGAAUGAGGAAAUGAAGAAACCAUGUAUUGAAGCAGAUUUGGUUCCAGUUUUGAUACCUUUGCUGGAGAGUACAGACCAAGAAAUGUUGCUGCAUGCUGGGAGGGCUAUUGGCCGUAUCUGUUAUGAUAAUCGGGAUCUUCAGGAAGAGCUGGUGAAGGCAGGAGUAACCACAUCGCUAGUCCGAAUAUUAACUGAUUAUGCAGACAGUGAGCCCCUUGUCCACGUUGAUCUACUGGCCUUAUGCAAUCUCGCAGACCUUGAUACAGCCAAGGAAGCUCUAAGCAAGACCAACAUUGCUGAACAGCUGGUGAGACAACUGAGAAGAGCAGCGAACCAUGAGAGGUUAGAAAUUGUGUUUGAGGUCCUGCAAGCACUUGCAGAAAAUGAUUCUCUGAAAGUGCAGCUGGUGGAGGCAGGGGUGCAAGAGGUGCUGUCCGAGAUCCUGCUGAGGCUCCAGGGUAGUUCACAAGCUGAAGACACAUGCAUUUUGAAGGCUGCAUCAGAUCUCAUUGUCUCUCUGCUGCUUGGAGAUGGCAACUGUGUACGAAUGGUACAGCUGGGAGUCAUAGAUCAGCUUCUAGAUCUUUUGGAGAAGCAUGUAGAGAGUGGGGACAUCUCUGUUCAACAUGCUGCACUCAGCGCACUUCGAAACCUUGCUAUACCAGUUGUUAACAAGGUUCAAGUGCUAGAGGAAGGUGUGGCAGAACGGAUUCAGGUACUUCUAAGAUCAGAGGUGCCUCCUGUGCAGCUUAAACUUCUUGGGACACUACGGAUGUUAGCAGAUGGUCAAGCCGACGCAGCUGAAAUCUUGGGCCAAGACCCCAUGCUGCUCAACAGACUUGUGCAGUGGUGCGAUGCCAACGACCACACCGGCAUUCAUGGAGAAGCAAAUCGGCUGCUAGCAUCCAUCAUGCAUCACAACAGAUCCCAAGAAGUGGUCAGAGCCAUCCAGGAGGCGCAAGGAGUGAAGCAUCUGGUUUCCAUGACAACAAGUAAACACGCUGCCAUGCAGAAUGAGGCUCUGAAUGCCUUGGCAAUAGCAUCUGCAAUCGAUUUAGAAACCCUUGAAGAAUCUUUUAAAGAAUCACAGUUAGUUCAAAGCUUACACAAACUUCUACAAGAUGAUAAUACAAGUCCUGAGGUGAAAUAUAAUUCAAUGGGUCUUUUGUGCAGUCUUCUUAAUUCAGGUGAUCUGAGACAAGAAAUAGAAGAGGACAAGAUUAAAGAAACCCUCGAACAACUCUGCAGUCACAGCAAUGCAAAUGUAGUCAAGGAAGCUGUCACAACAUUACAGGUUUUGAGAGGAGAGACACCCCACUAGCCUCCCUUCUUCCUCAUUGCAACCCUGCACUGCUGCUGCUGCAAAUGCAAUAAAAUGCCAGCUUAGUCAACCCUACCUUGCAUUUGUCAUGCUGCCACAUAACCAACACUACCAAAGCCCAGGUACAGUUCCUGCUUUUAAAGCUACACAUACAAAAAAAAAAAAAAAAAAAAGUCAUUUGCUCAUCUAUUUGGCCUACAGAUGCUUGUAUCACUGCUGCUCUUCACUGAGCUACUAACACGUGGCAGUAGGAAUGAGGGCUGUCAAGCAAGUGGUCUUAAACAUCACAUGAGAAGCAUCAGGCAAUUACCACUCGUGUAAAUACAUUUUAUACAUUAUAUUAUGCAACCUGAAACAAUGGGGUUUUACAUUAGUGAGAGCUGUAGCUUAAACAAUGCAAAGGGCUAAUUGCCACCAAUCCAAUCUCUGCACACUGCCACAAAACUAAAUGUAAACCAAUUCCCCCUUCAACUGCCAAUUUUAAAACUCACGUCCAAGUUUUUAACCUACUAGUGUCACAAGCUAUAUUCCUAAAUAUCUGAGGUCACAGUCUUGUUCUUUUCAAAGUUGCAGCUAUUGUAAUGCUGAAUGACACUCAGUAGAAGCAAAGUUUACAAGAAACUGCAGUCAACCUCCAUACAGUGCUUGGACAAGAUAGAAAUUAACGACAGUUACAAAUUACAAAGCGGACAUGUGAAGAUUUGGAGGCAGCUGGCAUUUCAUUAAGUUAUCUCCAGUAAGAAAACCUAGGUUUAACUUUAAAAAUUAAAAAACUGUAGUAUGAAAAAUGCCUCUGAACAUUUCUACAGAAACUUUUCUUAUUUAAAAAUGGUCACUUGACAAAAAAAGCUAACGGGAUCUAUUGCACAACGUGUUCUUAUGGGAACUUCCUGAAGCCAUUGCAAGCAUGUUGCAGAGUCCCACUGCCAAGAGGUAGGAGAUCAAAGUAAAAAUGUAGUGGUAGAUGCUGAAGAGCUAAGUAACAAUUACUCUUUUGAGCCAGCAGUAAAAGUUAUUGAGAAAACAACAACAGAGAGUAUUGACCUUCAAAAAUUAUUACAAAGCAGGGAAUAUUUAAAAGUCAACAAGGCCUCCUGUACUCGAACAAUUUGAGUUUAACUGGCUUAUGCCUGCAAAAGUGCAAAAGCUUUCCCACUUGCAAAAUCUGUUAACACCAUUUAGCUCACCACAUUUGCCACCAAAUAUCACCUUGAGGAGUACUCUUGAGAAAGAGGAAUUUCAUAAAACCACCCAAGCAAGCUUUGACCACAUUGUAGGAGAAGAAAAAAAAAAAACCAACACACACACA